CAGGCUGACAGCUAGUCGUAUGAGGGCAGAAGCUAACCAGCCAUUUGCUGAACGUAGUAUCAUACUACUAACUACUUGACUUGUCCAGUUCAUAGUCAUUUCUUAAACAGAAAACUUGAUUCUGACGCUCCUGGAAAAGUUUAUUUUUGGAUAGCGCCACGAGCACGCAUCCACAUCCCGGCACAACUGCGACAACAGCAGGUGGAUGCCGCCAUGCCAUUUGGGUGCCUUGCCCUGCGAGAUGGGCGGAGCUACAGCAGCAUAUCUGAUGUCACUGACAAGUACGAGAUUGGACAGAUCCUCAAAGCGAAGGAGUUCUGCGAGCUAUGUCUGGCGAAGGACAGACAGACAGACAAGGUCUUCGUCUGUAAAAAGUUCCUGAAGAAGGACGGCAGGAAAGUACGCAAGGCCGCCAAGAACGAGAUCAUGAUCCUGAAGAUGGUCAACCACCCUAACAUCUUACAACUGAUCGACACCUUUGAGACCCGGAAGGAGUACUUCAUCAUCCAGGAGCUGGCCACGGGAGGAGAUGUGUUUGACUGGAUCCUGGAUCAAGGGAACUACACAGAGAGGGAUGCGUCGAACGUCAUCCGACAAGUUCUAGAAGCAGUGGCUUACCUGCACUCCCUCAACAUUGUGCAUAGGAACCUGAAGCUGGAGAACCUGAUGUAUUACACUGAGAACAACCACAAGAAAGUCGUUCUGCGUGACUUCUACCUGUCCAAGUUCGAGAACGGUUCCAUCACAGAGCCCUGUGGAACACCAGAAUACCUGGCUCCUGAGGUAGUGGCUCGUCACCGGUAUGGUCGGCCAGUGGACUGCUGGGCUGUGGGGGUCAUCAUGUACAUACUUCUAUCGGGUAAUCCUCCGUUUUACGAUGAAACGGAGGAGGAAAACACUGAUUUACACAAUCGAAUCAUCUUCUGUCGCAUCGUCGGCGGAGAGUUUGAGUUUGACUCCCCGUACUGGGACGACAUCUCUCCUGCAGCCAAGGAGCUGGUGUGCAGGCUGAUGGAGGUAGACCAGAUGCUUAGGAUUACGGCCCAGGAUGCACUGUGGCAUGAGUGGAUUGCAGGGAAUGGGGCCUCAGAGAAGAAUCUGAAGGCAGGAGUGUGUGCCCAGUUUGAGAAGAACUUUGCCAAAGCCAAGUGGAGGAAAGCGAUACGUGUCACGACUUUCAUGCAGCGCCUGCGGAACUCGGAGGCCCAGAAUGACGGAGCGGCGGUGGUUGGGAAGGGGAAAGGUGGAGGAGGAGGAGGAGGAGGAAAGGAAGACCAGGGGGCGCCACCUAGUGAGGGCCCGGGAGGGAAGGGAGGGGAGGGCGAGGGAAGGGUUGUACCGAGCGCCGGGUCUCCGGAGGUGACAGUGGAGAGCACCCCCACAGGGGAAGGGCCGGAGGGGGAGAGAAACGGGGGAGGAGGGGUGAGGAAGGGAAUCCCCCUCAGCCCCUCAGUAGGGAUAUCCCCCUCGGCCACCAGCGACCCUCUCUCUCGGCCUGGCCAAUUGCAAACGGCGCCAUCCGGAGUGGAAUCAGACAAGGGCGGGGCAAAGAGAGGCACCGUGGACGGCGCCAGAAAAAUGGCGGCUGUUUUGGGGCAGAACAAAAUGGUACCAGACACCAAAACAUCUCCCGCCGUUACCCCUGACCCCACUGAACUCCCAGACUCCCUUGUGACCAAAGGGGCAGUCCCAGAGGCAGACGCCUCAACGCUGCUUAGCAAGGCUGGCAAGAAACACACGUCCACCUCCCCUGACACCCACAACCGACGCAAGAUGGCCGCUACACUCCAUGGCUCAGUCUCGGGCACCACCGCUACUACUGUCUCGGCCACAGCGCCCUCAACAGAGAGGAGGCCAGUGGUGCAGGACGGGGAUAAGGAUGAGAACGAGGCCAGCUGGUGUCAAACCCAGCUUCCGGAGGAAGUGGCUGAAAAACCAGUGGCGGUCGGGGUGGGGGCGGAGACAGUGGUGGGAGUGGCAGCCGAGGCGGUGUUAGGCUUGAGGGUUAGGGGCGAUGUCAGCCCUGUGACGAGGCGGGGGACAGGAGUGAGGGUGGAGAGGCACAGUGCGGAGUUCAGCAUGGCAAGGGGUGGGCCUACCCCGGCCCCUGGCUCCUACAGUGUAGGGAGCUCCGCUAGUCUGGGCCGCAGCGCCACCCCAUACAACCCCGAGGUGGGGGCCAUGGGGAUGAGCAUGACGGGGGGUUACGGGAGUCCUUACUGCUCUCUGUACACGGGCGGGGCGGGGAUGGGGAUGUACCGGGGUCAGCCCCAGGGAGGGGUGGGAGGGAUUGGCAGCAGCAGCGACUGGCAGAUGGACAGCGUGAUCGAGCAGAUCGAGAAGCAGAUGGCGGCCGUGCUGGAGAAGAUAGAGGGCGACAUGCCCUCGCUGAUGGAGCAGAUCAGUGACUGCCCCCACGAGCCGCCCCGCGCCCGGAGCACCCACACCUCACCCAUGGUGACCCGCGCAGGUUCCGCCGCCGCAACUCCCCCGCCCCUCCCUACCUCCCCCAGGCCCCCCCUGCCCUCCCUCCCCCACCUCACCAUCCCCCCUCCCUCAUACCCCCCGCCCUCCCCGCCCACCCAGUCCCCGGGCCAGUCAGGGGAACAGGAGGAGAGAGACGGCCAGCGGGGGGCUACGCUCUCCAGUCAGUCCCCGAGCGCCAGUAUGGGAGGAAGGGGCCCGUGAGGCAGCAUUGAGAGUAUGUCUGGAUUACAGAACAGAGGGACGAGGAAAAGACACUGCUGCAUUUAGAAGCUUAACCCUUGUGC